AUGUUUACAGACUACAGCCCUACAGACUACAGCCCUACAGACUACAGCCCUACAGACUACAGCCCUACAGACUACAGACCAAAGCCUACAGACCAAAGCCUACAGACCAAAGCCUACAGACUACAGCUCUACAGACUACAGCUCUACAGACUACAGCUCUACAGACUACAGCUCUACAGACUACAGCUCUACAGACUACAGCUCUACAGACUACAGCUCUACAGACUACAGCCCUACAGACUACAGACCAAAGCCUACAGACUACAGCUCUACAGACUACAGCUCUACAGACUACAGCUCUACAGACUACAGCUCUACAGACUACAGCUCUACAGACUACAGCUCUACAGACUACAGCUCUACAGACUACAGACCAAAGCCUACAGACCAAAGCCGUACAGACCGAAGCCUACAGACUGA